AUGUGGAGCAUUAGUUCGAAUAUUCAAUGGAAAACUCAAACGCAACCAGCAGCUAAAGAGGGUGUGACGACUCGUAAGCCCUUACAAAACAUUACAAAUCGAAAUAACACUUAUACGCCACCAGAAAAAAUGUAUUUGGCAGUAAAGCCACAGGAAAGGCCUGCAGUUAGAUUUAACUUUAAACAAGACGAUAAUCCUAUUGAAGAAGAUAUUCCAUUUAUGAUGGAUCAGGAUCAAAUUAUUAAUAAUGAUGACAUUGACGAUAUUGUUUGGUAA